AUGUCAUUACUACAACUUCCCAACGAACUCCUCCUCGUUAUCUCCAGGGACCUUGAGUCUGAUAACCUCAAUUCGUUUCUCCAAACAAACCACCGUCUUGCGAGUCUCCUCACCCCACUUCUUCAUAAGAACGCAAUCGAGGACAGAGAACUCUCCUGGGCAGUUCGGGGCGGAUAUGCGCCGUUAGUCAAGCUAUUGUUAGAGAACGGAAAAGGUGGCGCAUGCUUCCUUAUCGGAUCUCCGAUUCAUUGGGCGGCGCUCUACGGUCAUCGAGCAGUAAUUGAGCAGCUAUUGGAUAUGGGCGUUGAUAUCUCUCAAAAAGAUCUCAGUGGAGAAAGUGCUCUUUUCUGGGCUGUUAGGUCAGGGCGGGAAGCAACUGUUUCAUUCCUCCUGGAGAGAGGGGCAGAUAUCAAUGAAAAAGGCAGAUUGGGUUCAAGUUUGCUUCAAGAUUUGGAUAAGGACGAAAGGCCACAAGUUCUUGGGACCAUGGGAAUGAUUGGAACUUGUUAG